AUGCCCCCUUUCUUCCCUCAAGUGUUGCUCCUGUUUGGAGGCAUCGAGCAUACCUCCGCCCUUGCGCUCUUCGGCCGGCAACCGAACACGACAUUGCCCCUCGAUAGACGGCAGGGAACGGUCCUUGCUAGUAUUACUAGGUUCUCGACCAUCUUUUUCACCGGCGACGCUUCUAAAACCCGGACGGCCAACCCAGGAUUUGACUGUCGCGUGGACAUCUUGCACGACCUUUGGGGCUUCUGUCCCAGCUCAGUCAUUGCGGCAACCGAUUGUGGCUUGGCAGGGAGUUGCGUCGACAGCUUCAGCUGUUCCAAGGGAUGCGGGUUUACCAACUCCCCUUUGACCACCUUCACCUGCUCCGAAUCCGGCGCUCCUUUCUGCUCGACCGCUCUUCUAACUCUCUCCAACAACGUCGGCCCGUUCACCUACCUCGCCUGUGGCGCAGGCCCCAGUACAGACCGAUACUUCGCCUUCACCACCACCGCAAAGCCAUCAUCUUCAUCAGCC